UGGUUAAUUAAGUGCCCGAUUUUCGCACACCGAGAUGUUGAAGUCGACUAUUUAAGCUCGCUUUUCCAGUGGUUCGUUCGAAGUCAAUUCAAGCGAAUUCAACAUGAAAGCAGUUAUUAUUUUGGUACUCGUCGGCACUGUUCUGGGCGCUCCCCAAAUCAAGGGGAGGCCCUAUAGCGAGCCCCAUGCACAUAUCUUUGCUGAGGUACGACCAGCAGGUCAGAAGCACCAACAGCAAGGUGUCGACUUGGAGGUCAAGGAGCAACAUCUUGUGGUAGAGACAAAGCCAGCUCAUCAAGCAUCUGCCGAGAGCUACGUUGUUGAAGCGGGGUUCAAGCCAGCUGCCGAGAGCCACGUCGUUGAGGUGGAGAUCAAGCAAGCGGAACACAAGCCCCAGCACGUAGAGUUGGACAUCAAGCCCGUGCACGAGAGCGCAAGCCACGUGGUGGAGCUGGUUGCCGGACAUUGGCGUGCAGAGCCAUCACGAAGUCGAAGUGGAGGUUAGUCCUGAGCAAUAGCCCCCUCAUCAGAUUGAGGUGGAGAUCGUCAAGGGCGUUUCCAACGAGGUAAAGCCGCCGCUGCCCCUCCACUCUGGGCAGCAGCUCAGCCUCAACCUGGGCCAAUAGAGCACAGCAGCCACAAAAGCCGAUGUAUUUCGAAAUGCAUUAAAUAUUUGUAAUUACA